GAUUUGAGUGAAGCCACUCCGCUGGCAGUUUGUUGAUUUCUCUGCCGCUAGCUGAAGCAAUGCGGACCUCUUAGCAGCUUGUUUCAACUCGGACCGGUAACUGGAGCCAUGUCUUCCCAGAGCAGCCCGGCUUCGGGGAUCCAGGGGCUUCUUCUCAAACUUCACGAAUCCCUUUCAGACGAAGACAGUCGCUCUGCAGCCCUGAAAUGUCACGAUACUAUCGGCGAUCUGGGACAGGAGUGCAUGCUAACAUCCACCGAGAAUGAACUGGCUUUUCAGGCUUCACUGUUAUUCUCAAAAGACUAUGGACUGCUCAGCUUCCUCAGGAAGGCCCUGGCGUUGGAUGAGUUGCGGGACACCCGGGUCGAAAUCGUGCAAUUUUUAGAGAAAUUUCUGGACAAAGUAUCACCGCGAGUCAAAGGCUGGGAGAAAACCUAUGCCACGGACAUAAGAGACUUGUGCAUGGGUGCGUACAAAAAGGAAAAAGUUGCCAAAUGUAGGACCCCAUUGUUGGAGCUGCUUAUAAAGGUUCUUCAAACAACCAAGGCCUCCAGUGUGGCUGCAGAGUUUAAAAUCGGUGACAUAUUCGAGAAAUUUUACAGCGAACUCUGCCAGAGGAGCAAGUUAGCCGACUCGGUUCUCGGCAAAAUCUAUGAGUUGUUAGGAGUUCUGGGAGAGGUUCAUCCCAGCGAAAUGGUCAACAACUCCGACAAGUUAUACAGGGCCUAUCUUGGGGAGCUCAAAGAGCAGAUGACAUCCUCAACAAAGGAGCCGAGGCUGUUUGUUGUGGCUGGAUGUUUACGAGGCAUAACUGCCCUGAUGGUUAAUUUCACUAAAACCAUGGAAGAAGACCCAGCAACAUCCAAAGAGAUCUUUCAAUAUGCCCUGAAGGCCAUCACUCCCCAGAUGGAAAUGAACCGUUACGCUGUCACAUUUGCCGGGCUCCGGCUGUUCGCCAGACAUGCGUCCCAGUUCAGCAGCUGCCUCAUGGACCACUACAGGGACCUGUUUGAGACCAUGUGUAAGCUCUGCGGCCAUAUCAAUGGCGAAAUGAAGAAGACGAGUUACAGCGCUCUAGAAGCCUUUCUCAAACAGGUUGCCUUGUUGGUGGCGGACAAUAUUGAGGAGCACAAAAGCAAGCUGAAGUUCUUCAUGCAAAAGUUCUGCGGCAUCAUUAAAACCAUGGACUCGACGCACAAGGAGCUGUCUAUUGCCAUACGUGGUUAUGGCUUCUUCGCAGCUCCGUGCAAGAAGGUGUGCCCCCAAGAUGUAGACCUGAUGUACACGGAGUUAAUUCAGCGCUGUAAGCAGAUGUAUCUGACUGAGUCUGACGGGGAAGACGACAGCUUCUACCAGCUGCCUAGCUUCCUGGACUCCAUAGCUAGUGUCCUUAUUCAUCUGGACAAGAUUCCAGAAGUGUAUACCCCACUGUUGGAACGCCUUCUUGUGGUGCAGAUUGACAGCUUCCCUCAGUACAGCGAGAGGAUGCAGUUUGCCUGCAGCAGGUCUAUCCUGAAGGUCUUCGUGGCCGUGGCCUCCAAAGGACCAGUGCUGUGGAGCUUUAUCAGCUCUGUGGUGCACCAGGGUUUGAUUCGAGUCUGUUCAAAACCCAUCUUGUCGUCUGGGGACAGUUCCUCUGAAUCCUCAGAAGUUCGGACGGGAAAAUGGAAAGUUCCUUCCAGUGCCAAUUACCUCCCUCUCUAUAAGGGGCUUCUGGACUGUGACCAGCUGAAGGAUUCAGGAUUCUUAGACGGCACUUUUGAAAGUCAGAACGCGGCUCUCGGCUCUUUGAGUCGUCUUCUGUACGAAGAGUUGGUCAAGUCAAUUCUGCGCAUUGUGGAAAAGUUGGACUUAUCUGUGCAGAAAAUAACAACAGGAGAGGAGGCCCCGGACGACACAGCCCACGUCCUGCCCUCGUCCGACCCCACGGCUCACCUGUUGCCCAAUAAGGUCAAAGACUUCACUGCUUUCAUCAACCUGGUUGACUUCUGCAGCGAGUUGCUGCUGAACAAGCACGUGGAGUAUUUCCACUGCUGGAUGUUUCCCCUGAGCCAUGAACUGAUCCUGCACUCCAUAAGGAAUCCACUCGUCAGCGGCUUCUACAAGCUGCUGUCCGUCGCCAUGAAAAUCGCCAAGAGGACCAAGUACUACCAGGGUGUCGGUCCGAGAAGCUCGGCGUCCCCUCAGGAUGACACAGUUAGAAAUGCUUGCUUUGCUCUCUUCUCAAAGUUUGGAAAAGAGGUGUGUGUCCGGAUGAAGCAGUACAAGGAUGAGUUGCUGGCUUCCUGCUUGACCUUUGUCCUCUCGCUGCACCACAACAUUGUUGCUCUGGACAUGAAGGCUUACUGUCCAGCUCUGGAGACGGCUCUCAGGUUGGGCCUAAGUCACGUUCCUCUGGCAAACGCAGCCUUAGACGCUCUCGAGGACUGGUCCUCCUGCCUCCCGCCGGAGACCAUGCAGCCCUGCUAUGCCGACAUCCUGCCUCUCCUGGAUGGAUACCUGAAAACCACCUCCUCCAGCGACAAAGACGAAAGCAACUGGGAGGUGAUGUCCUCUUUUUCUUCAAGAAGAGACAAAGGAUACAGCAGAGUAAUGACAAGGCUCCUGAAGAAAUCCAACCAGCUUUCCACAGAAGAUGCUCCUCUGGUUAUGCUGAGGCUCAGAGUGGUGAAGCUGCUUGGUCACCUUGGAGGGAAGCUGAACAGGAACCUUGUGACUGUGGUCUCAUCGGAAGAAAUGAUGAAGAAAUUCGUGGCCUGGGAUUCGGAAAAAAGACUUAGCUUCGCCGUGCCGUUUGCCGACAUGAAGCCAGUGAUCUACCUGGAUCCCUUUCUGCCCCGCAUCAGCGAACUGGCGUUGUCCACAAGUGAUCGACAGACUAAAGUGGCGGCCUGUGAACUGCUCCACAGCUUGGUGGUCUACAUGGUUGGGAAAAGUGCUCAGAUGGUGGAGGGGGAGAACAAAGUGCCUCCGAUGUACAAGCUGCACAAAAAGCUCUUUCCUGUGUUGCUGCGUCUGGCCUGUGAUGUUGAUCAGGUAACCAGGCAGCUCUUUGAACCCCUGGUCAUGCAGCUGAUUCACUGGUUCACAAACAACAAGAAGUUCGAGAGCCAAGACACAGUAGCUGUUCUAGAGGCCAUUCUGGAUGGUGUGAUUGACCCAAUGGACAGCAGUCUCAGAGACUUCUGUGGGCGAUGCAUCGAAGAGUUCGUCAAGUGGUCGAUUAAACAAACCACCCCCAAGCAGCAGGAGAAGAGCCCCACCAACAUGAAGUCCCUCUUUAAGCGGAUUUACAGCCUGGCUCUGCACCCUAAUGGGUUUAAAAGACUCGGCGCCGCCCUGGCUUUCAACAGCAUCUACAGAGAGUUCAGAGAGGAAAACUCCUUGGUGGAACAGUUCGUCUUCGAAGUUCUUGUCAUAUUUGUUGAAAGUCUGGCUCUGGCGCACUCAGAUGAGCGAUCCAUGGGUACGGUGCAGCAGAGCAGCAGUGCCAUUGACCAUCUGAAGAGAAUAAUCAAACACAAAGCCCCCAGUCUCAAUCAGCACAAUGUAAAGAGACGCGUUCCAAGGGGUUUUCCGGCUGAGGAGAAGCUGUGUCUGUCAGAUGUGGUCAUCUGGCUGCUGGAGCAGUGUGGCCGACCGCAGACAGAGUGUCGCCACAAAUGUAUGGAGCUCUUCUAUGAAUUCAUUCCCCUCCUCCCAGGAAAGAAAUCUCAGUCGCAGUGGUUAGAGGGUUUGCUGAAGGAUCAUGGCAUCGAUUUCCUGAUCUCCCGGUUUGAGGGUGGGGGUCUCCUCUACCAACCAACGCUCAGGGACCUGACGGGCCCCUUCAGCGUACGAGCCACCCUGCAGUGGAUGGACCUGUUACUGGCUGUUCUGGACUGCUACAACACCUUCAUUCGCCUACACAUCAUCAAGCCUCAGCUCAUUCUCGACUCCACUGGUUCAAAAGACCACAGCUUCCUGAAAGCCACACACUUCUUCCUGACGGAGCUGGCAGUUCACGGACUGACAGCUGCAGAGAGCUGUUUCCCUCACGGCGAGAGGACGUCUCACUUCAGCCCAAGAGAGGUGGACCAGUACAACUACAGCAAGUGCACCAUCGUUGUUCGUCUGCUGGAGUUCGCCUCCAUGAUUCUCGACAACGGAGACCAAGGGAUCUGGAAGCUUCUGGAGCAAGAUGUGUUCUGCUCGGUGUUUUUUGAUUUAACCGCAGCGGCGGUGUGUGAGCCGUCCGCUGUGGGGUUCAACAUGGCUGACGUGGAGGUGAUGAGAAACCUACCAGAGGUGUGCGUGCCUUUGCUCAAGGCUCUGUUGGCUUCACCUUACCGCAGCCGCCUUGAAAGCAGCUUGUGGACAAAAAUCUCUCGUAAAAGUGUGGAGGACUUGUGUGAGGUAGACCUGUACCACCCGGGUACUCUCAACCGCCAUGACCAAACGGAAAUGGUGCUUUCCUCCUGUAAGCAGAUCCACAGAGCUGGCUUCCUUAGCUCCAUUCUGCACAGCCAGGAUUCCGCCUACGGCGAGUCUCUUGGCUCCAAGCUUCUGAUGACGGUGUAUAAAGGCAUAGCGCCUGGAGGAGACAGGAAGGCACUUCCAUCCUUGGACGUAAACACCAGGAGAUCAGCGGACGGACUUCUCCAACUCGCCUUUUCUAUAAGCCAACAGAGUGAGCAGCUGGUGGAGUUGCUGUUGAACACCAUCAUGCUUUCUGUGCCAGUAUCAGGCGGUCACAGCCACAACUUUCUAAGCUUCUCCCACGGCGAGUACUUCUACAGCCUCUUCCAGACGACCAUCAACAGCGAACUGCUUAGAAAUCUGGAAGCCGCAGUGCCACGCCUCAUGAAGGCCUCCUCUGAGAAUCCCAGCAUGGUGAGCGUGUUGCUGAACGGCAUGCUGGGCCACAGCUUUAGAGAACGUUCUGUGAGGAAAACUCAGGGCCAGAAGCUGGUGGAAGAAGUUCUGAGGCGGUGGACGAGUCUGCAGUCAUGGUGGGCGGGACCCUCAUCUACGGCAGAGAGUAAAACUGCUACUCUCCUUCUGCUCUCCAAGCUUCUGCAGAUUGACUCCUCUGUUUGCUCUGAUGUACACCACAAAGCCUUCCAGCAGGUGUUUUCCACUUUCACUGUGCUGCUGGUUGAUAUGACUCUGCCUCUGAAUCUCAAGAGUCAGGCCCUGUUGGUGUUGCCUUUCUUCACAACGCUCCAAGGUGAGCCUCUUGCCGGGCUGCAGAAAGCUCUCGACACUCUGGUCGCCUCCCACUUCCCCAUGCAGUCCGAUGAGUUCGCCAAGGGCUCGCUGCACCGCAACAACUACAUGGACUGUAUCCGGAAGUUGCUGGAUGCCCUGGAGCUUUCCCAGAGUCCUUUGCUGCUCCGACUGAUGGCAGGAGUUCUGUGUCGGGAUGGGAGGCACAUCGUGGAGGAGCAGUUUCAAACCUGUUUCCAAAGAAUCGCAAAGAGAGCAAACAGUGAGCGGCAGCUGCAGCUGCUUUGUGUGGUGUAUGAGGUAAUUCAACAGGGUGACGUGCCAGCGAGCUCCAUGCUGCAGGCCAUGAUGGAGAGAGUUCUGCUGCCUCUGGCCUCCCACUGCAGCACCAAGGCCCUGAGCGACUUCUUUGUGACAAACGUCUGUGAAAUUAUUGCUUUCCUGCAAAGUCGUUUCACAAAGUCUAGUGAAACCGCUUUUGAGAUACAGCUGCUGAAGAAGAAUGGCUGCUUCAAGCUGAUGGAGCUCCUGUAUUCCCGGCUUCCUAAAGAUGAAGUUUACUCCAAGGAGUCCCGUAUCAAUCAGGCCUACUGUCGCUUGGAGAAAACGGAGGGAAACGAGUUGUCUAAAACCUUGAUCAAGUCAUGUUUCGAAGCCUUCACGGAGAACAUGGCCGGUGAGACUCAGAUGCUUGAACUCAGGAGAAGCUAUCACUGUGCUGCGUACAACUGUGCCAUCGCGGUCAUCAGCUGCAGCUUCAGUGAGCCCAAAUUCUACCAGGGCUUCCUUUUUAGUGAGAAACCAGAGAAGAACCAGUUCAUUCUCGAAAACAUCAUUGACGUUCAACGCACCUACAGUUUUCCCAUUGAAAUUGAGGUCCCACUUGAGAGGAAGAAGAAAUAUUUCAUGAUCCGAAAAGAAGUUAGUGAUGAGACUGGAGAGGCGCCCGUGUAUCUUUCCUCCCAGUCCUACAUGGCCGACAGCAGCCUAAGUGAGGAGAUGAGUCAGUUUGAUUUCUCCACGGGGGUCCAAAGCUUUUCUUUUAGCUCACAGAACCCCCAGGGACAAAAACGCACUGUGGUGAAAAAGGAAACUGAGGAGGAAAGAAGUCCUUCCCAGGAUGGAACGGUGGAUCUGGAAAUGGAUGAGCUAAACCAGCAUGAAUGCAUGGCGACCAUGACGGCUUUGGUACAACACAUGCAGAGGAGCAACAUAACCCCGAACAUCGAGCAGGGAAUCAUGUCUAAUGAGCUUCCUCCAUGGAUGAAGUUUCUGCACGGAAAACUGGCGAAUCCAGCAACACCUCUGAACAUUCGACUCUUCAUCUCAAAGCUUAUAAUCAACACAGAGGAGGUGUUUCGGCCGUAUGCCAAGCACUGGCUCGGGCCCCUGCUGCAGCUCGUUGUGUCUGGAAAUAAUGGAGGAGUGGGGAUCCAUUUCAUGGUGGUGGAUAUUGUGGUCACAAUUCUGUCCUGGACCAGUCUGGUCACUCCAAAGGGAAACCCCAGAGAUGAAGUCCUUGCCAAUCGGCUGUUGGAGUUCCUGAUGAGGCACAGCUUCCACCAGAAAAGGGCCGUUUUCCGCCACAACCUGGAGAUCAUCCGCACGUUGGUAGAGUGCUGGAAAGACUGCCUGCAUGUGCCUUACAGUCUAAUAUAUGAGCGCUUUUGUGGGACCGACCCAAACAGCAAAGACAACUCUGUUGGACUCCAGCUGCUGGGAAUCAUCCUGGCCAACAACCUGCCCGCCUACGGUGCUUCGUGUGGAAUUGAAUACGACAGGUACAUCCAGUCCCUCAGCAACAACGUGUCCUUCACCAGAUAUAAAGAGGUCUACUCAGCUGCAGCUGAAAUUAUUGGCCUCGUCCUGAAGAGCACAAUGGAAAGAGUCGAUGGGGUCAUGUCACAGCAACAGCAAGAACUUUUCAGCCUCGCUGCAACCAAAAUAAUGAAUCUGAAGAAAAACGAUCUGGAUGACAAGUUCAUCAUUUGCUUGAACAAAGUGUCCAAACACUUCCCGCCUUUUAUGGAUCGGUUCGUCAAUCACGUGUUUCUCCUGCUCCCGAAGCUGCACGGCAUCUUAAAGAUUCAUUGUCUGGAGUGCGUGCUGAGCCGAGCCGAUGUGAUCCCAGAUAUCUUCCUGCAGUUAAAGAGCUCAGGUUUCAUUCAGAUGAUGAGCCACAGGGAUGAAGUGAGACAGAGAGUGUGUCUGGAUAUCAUCCACAAGAUAAUUGCCCUCCUGACUCCGGUGGAACUGCAGGAGCUCCUGGGGGCAGUGACGGCGUUUGUCUCUCAUCCUUCACCUGUUUGCAGAGAGAGGAUGUAUGACAUCCUCAUGUGGAUUCAGGACAACUACGGUGAUGAAGAAAGCAUGAAAGACAAAAUCUCUCUGGAGGUUCUGGAUACAGCUAAAGAAACUUUACUUCAAGGACUUUCAGAGGAAAACCAAGGCCUUCAGCUUUAUGUCCGUAACUUCUGGAGUCAGGAAAAGCGCCUCCCCACUGCGACCCUGGAGCGAAUGCUGACGGUGCUCCGGUCCCUGUACUCCUGCCAGAUCGAACGGUGUUUUCUGAGCCUGCUCACCAAUCUGCUGCUAGAGAUGACCAGCCAGAGUCCUGACUUCAAGCGGAACAUGUUCGAGUAUCCUCUGUCAGAGUGCACCUUCCAGGACUAUGUGAUUGAUUCAAACUGGCGCUUCAGGAGCACAGUAAUGACACCCAUGUUCGUUGAGACCCAAAGCUCUCAGGCCCCGGAGAGUGCAGGGGCCUCCCAGUCCGGGGCCAUGAAGGGGAAGCUCAGAGCCACUCAGACUUCAUUAGAGUUUAGUCAAACCCAGACACCAGGUCGCCGUACAGCCUAUAACUGGCUGACAGGCAGCAGCGUGGACACCCUCACAGAUUACUCCUCUAGCUCAGAGUCUCUGUCUUCACUGCUUGUGUUUGAGAAGAAAUCAGAGCGGCAGACUGCAGCAAGAAGACCUGUAGGAGAAGGCUUCGGCCUCAGGCGCCUGACUGCCUCCACAGACGAGGUGGACAGUCGUACCAGAGCUGAAAACGAGCGACGGAGCAACAUUCUGAGGCUACGACGCAGAUUCCUGAAAGACCAGGAGAAAGUCAGUCUGGGUUUUGCCCAAAAAGAGAUCCAACAACAGAGACAGAAGAAGGAUGAAAAAGCUGACCAGAGGCUGCGAAAAGAGGCUCAGGUGACUCUGUAUCGGAACUACAGAGUGGGCGACUUCCCAGAUAUCCAGAUCCCAUACAGCAGUCUCAUUGCUCCCCUUCAAGCUUUAGCUCAGAGAGACCCAAUUUUAGCCAAGCAGCUCUUCAGCUCCCUUUUUGCCGGCAUCCUCCACGAAAUGGAUAAAAACCACAAUGUGCAGGAGAGUGGAAGAAUUAAGGAGGAGCUGCGGUUCAACAUGAACACAUUCCUAAAUAAAAGUACACUCUGCUUCCCCCCAUUCAUAGCAUGCCUGCAGGAUAUGUGUUACCAGCAGAGGGAGCUGCAGCAGCUUGAUCCAGCAGCCAUCAGCUCCACCUGCCGGGUCAGUCUUCAGCAGCCAUCAGGCAUCCUGCUGCUGGAGGAGGGUCUGCUGCAGGCUGCUGGACCAGGGGGACCUCCCGCCAAACGGUCGCGAGGACGAAAGGAAAUCCCACCAGACACCAACAAGUGGAUCCACCUUGCAAGACUUUACAGGGACCUGGAGGAUUAUGAUGUUGUGCGCGGCAUCUUUGGUGGGAAAGUUGGCACAAAGUCGAUCACCUCUGCUGCUCUUCGAGCCGAAGCGAACACAGACUUUGCAGAAGCUGUGAAACUUUACAAUCAGGCUCUGAACAAUGAGGAGUGGUCGGAUGGCGAACCCACUGACUCCGAGAAGGAUUUCUGGGAAAUUGCAGCUAUGGAGUCAUAUAACCAGCUGACUGAGUGGAAGUCUCUUCAGUACUGUUCCACUGUGUACAUUGAUGAAAACUCUCCACCCAACCUGGACAGGAUGUGGUCCGAGCCUUUCUACCAGGACAUGUACCUGCAGCACAUGAUUCGCAGCAUGUUGAAGCAGCUGCAGCUGGGUGAGAGCGACCAAACUCUGCUCAGCUUCAUCGACAAAGCCAUGAAGGUUGAGGAGCGCAAAAAGCUGCUGGAGACUAAGCACAGCCAGGAGCUCAGCCUGCUCUACAUCCUGCAGGAGGACUACGACCGCGCCAAGUACUACACCAACUACGCCAUGCAGCUCUUCAUGGAGAGUUACUCCAGUGUAGAUACGCUUCUGACUCAAAGCCGACUGACCAUCCUUCAGUCGGUGCAGGCACUGACGGAGAUCCAGGACUUCCUGCUCUUCAUUAAAGGAGAUGUGUCUGUGAGUGCUCUUAAGCACCUCAUCAGAUCUUGGACUGAUCGGUAUCCUGACUCUAAAGUGGAUCCAGUGACCGUAUGGGAUGACAUCAUCACAUCUCGGUGUUUCUUUUUGGACAAGAUCAGAGAAAAGCUGAGGGGCCCGGCCCCCAGCGACAGCAUAGAGGUGGACGGUGGACAAGACCCGGCUGGCGACAUCGAGACGAUAGUGAACGACUGCAAGUUCUCCAUGAAGCUGCACAUGGCUGACAGCGCCUGUCAGCAGAAAAAUUUCCCAGUCGCCACCAAGCUGCUGAAGGAGCUUCACAAGGAAGCCAAGACCAACAGAGGCUGGCUGCUGCGCUGGGUCCACUGCUUCAGCAGCUACAAUCACAAGCGCAGCCCGGCGCAGGGUCCCGUGGACCAGAUCGCUGCAAUGCUGAAGACCAUCCCGCUCCUUGAGGAGCUUGAGGCAGACUGUCAGAGUGCCACAUCUAAAGUGUUCAGAUGGCAGAAGAUCCUCCAGGGCACGUCGUGCCACAUCUUGGCCUCAGCUGUAGGCAGAAGCCCGUCUGUCCUGGGAACACUUGGUGCAGAGAAAAAAGACAGGGUUGUCAAGCUUUCAGGAGUUGCAAGCCCCGCUGAAAGCCCAAAGGAAGUGGAGGUGGGAUUGCAGCUGCAUGCACUGAAGUUGCUGUGUGAAGGAAGCAGAAAGGCUGACGAGGAGCUUCAGUCUUUUGCUCAGGACUUUGUGGAGACCAACAGCGUCACAGAGACGUACAUGGCUUUGGCUAAUUUUUGUGACAAGCUGCUGCGAAACGACGAGCAGAACGACACCGUUAGUGAAUUCCCAGACCUUCUGGCACUGCCUGUGCAUGUAGUAGAGAGCAUGCUGAAAGCACUGAAGAUGAACUCGGAGGAGGCUCGUCUCAAGUUUCCACGACUUCUGCAGAUUAUUGAGCUGUAUCCAUCCGAAACACUGGACGUCAUGACAAAGGAGAUGAUGUCAGUACCCUGCUGGAUACUCAUCAGCUGGAUCAGCCAAAUGGUUGCUCUGCUGGACAAACCUGAAGCUGUAGCAGUACAGCACUGCAUUCAGCAGAUAGCAAAGUGCUACCCACAGGCUCUGGUUUACGCUCUCAUGAUCAGCAGUGAGAGUUACCGCUUUGAAAAGUCAGCAACGGGACACCAGCAGCAGGAAUUUGUCAACAGGCUCAGGAACUUGCUGGAUACACGAGGAGCUUUGAAGAAGUUUGUGGACGCCCUGCAGCAGCUCACAAAUCCUGACAUGAUUUUUAGGGACUGGUGGGAUAGUGUGAAAAAUGAAAUGGAAAAGGCCACCUUCAGUAAGGAGCAGAUGGCCGACAUGUAUGAGGAGAUGCGCUCUUUGCUGUGUGAUCCGAACAUCGAGGGACACGGAGUGUUUCGCAAGAAAUUUAUACAAAAAUUUUCCAAAGAUGUGGAGAAACUCUUAGGACCUAAUGGUGCCAAUCUUUUUGAGAAGAGGAAAAACAAAAACUUUCUGCAAGAAGUGAAUAAGCUGGCAGUUUCCAUGCGUGGAUUUCAGAAGGAACCAGGGAAUCUGAAGGAGUACUCGCCCUGGUUGAGUGGAUUUAAAGCUGACCCAUUCAGCAAUGAGCUGGAGAUUCCAGGACAGUAUGAUGGGAGAUCUAAACCAUUAACGGAGUAUCAUGCAAAAAUAACUGGCUUUGAUGAAAGGGUAAAGGUGAUGUCUUCUAUGUGUCACCCCAAACGUCUGAUCAUCCGCGGGAACGAUGAGCGGGACCACCCCUUUCUGGUAAAGGGUGGUGAGGAUCUGCGGCAGGACCAGCGCAUCGAGCAGCUUUUUGGUGUUAUGAACAUUGUGUUGAGCCACGACACAUCCUGCACACGCCGAGGCUUGCAGCUCCGCACGUACCAAGUCAUUCCCAUAACCACCAGAAUUGGUCUGAUUGAGUGGAUGGAAAAUACGUGCACUCUGAAAGAGUUCGUCUACAACGCAAUGAUGGAAGAGGAGAAGCAAAAGGCAGGAAGGUGUGCUGAAAUCUAUAAUAAAUGGCUCUCCACCUUUGGUGGAAGUUCUACAACUGGUAUUUCCCUGUAUGGACUCUCUUACAAGAAAGCAAAGCGUGCUGAUGCAGUCAACAAUUUCCUGAAAGUCCUGCAGCACGUGCCCAACGAUCUGCUUAAGAGAGCUUUCCUGAAGAUGUGCAACGGUCCCGAGGCAUUCCUCUCCCUGAGGUCCCACUUCACCAGCUCCCAUGCUUUGCUGUGUGUGAGCCACUGGGUUCUGGGCAUUGGAGACCGCCAUCUUUCCAACUUCAUGAUCAACAUGGAAACUGGAGGCAUGAUCGGCAUUGACUUCGGCCAUUCAUUUGGAUCAGCCACACAGUUCCUCCCUGUGCCGGAGCUCAUGCCCUUCCGACUGACUCAGCAGCUUGUGAAUCUGAUGAAGCCGUUGAAGGAGUCCGGUUUGAUCCAGAGCACGAUGGUCCACUCCCUGCGAGCCUACAGGGCUGAGCCGGACCUGCUGCUCAACACCAUGGAUGUAUUUGUAAAGGAACCUUCUCUGGACUGGAAGAACUUUGAGAUGAAACAACUGAAGAAAGGAGGCACAUGGACAGACAGUGUAAACACCAAAGAAAUCAACUGGUUUCCCCUGCAGAAGGUGAACUUCGCCAGAAGGAAACUAGAGGGCGCUAAUCCAGCCACAAUAACCAGUGAGGAGCUGAAGCUGGGCUUUGAAAAGGAUGCUGCCUUCCAGGGAAUGCAGGCGGUGGCUUUGGGAUCUGAGGAGCACAACAUUCGGGCGAAGCUUCCAGCUGCAGGCCUUUCUGUGGAGCAACAGGUGGACUGCCUGCUGGACCAGGCCAUGGACCCAAAUGUGCUCAGCAGAGUUUGGGUGGGCUGGGAGUCAUGGAUUUGAUGUGGAUCGUUCGUUUAGUUUCCUAAUGAUUGCUGUUAUGGUUGAAAUGGCUGUAAUUAUUGGGAAACAAAUUGUUUCAAUGUUUGGAAUAGUGUUAAAUGUGAAGAAGAAAAAGCCUGUUUGUAAGGUUAGCAUUUUGAAAGACUUGUUGAAUGGUUACUAUGAUGUCUUUUGUAGGUAUGGAAAAUAACUCAGAAACAGAGAAUUGAAGGAAUCGCAAUGAACAAACCUAACAAAUGUUAAUCUGGAGUUUUAAUACUGUAAGAUUACUGUAAGCAUCUGGAUCUAAAUAAAAUAUUACCACGUCA